AGCGGCGAGACGAUCGCACUGGCCAAUGGGGGCGCAGAACGGCCGUGGCGAGAUGGAGCGUGCGAAACUUGGGGGUGCCAUUCCCCAUUUUCGAAUAUUGAGCAGCAAAGUGAGGCGACUGUCCCAGCGAUAAAUACCCUCCGCUCAGCCUGCUCAUCGCGCCCUCCCCUUUCCUCAUCCUCCCUCUAGUCUCUGUCACGACUUGCUAGCCCGCCAUGUCUUCAAAAGCCAUCCGCGAGUACGACGCGAAGCUCUUGCUGGCCUACUGGCUCGAGCGCGCACCCGCCGUAGACCCCUCUUGGCAGCUGGGCACCAAGUUCGCCUUCCCCGCCCCCAAGGUCGCCCAGGUCUCGUGGGACCCCGAGACGAACGCCAUCACGCCCGACACGCAGCUCCCGAGCUGGGUGUUCACCACAAAACUCGUAGCAAAGCCCGACCAGCUCAUCAAGCGACGAGGCAAGGCGGGCCUCCUUGCGCUCAACAAGUCCUGGGACGAGGCCAAGGAGUGGAUUCAGGCCCGCGCAGGAAAGCCGCAGAAGGUCGAGUCCAUCACGGGCACGCUCAACAACUUCAUCGUCGAACCGUUCCUCCCCCACCCCUCCAACACCGAGUACUACGUCUGCAUCAAUUCUGACCGCGAUGGCGACAACAUCCUCUUCACGCACGAAGGCGGUGUCGACAUCGGCGACGUCGACGCGAAGGCCCUGACCCUCCACAUCCGCGUGAACGCACCCGUGCCCGACCGCAAGACGAUCGCGGACACCCUCCUGAGGCACGUCCCGGCGGCGAAGAAGGAGACCCUCGUCGACUUCCUCGUCCGCCUCUACUCCGUCUACGUCGACCUCCACUUUGCGUACCUCGAGAUCAACCCGCUCAUCUGCCUGGACGCCGUCGAUGGCGGCCAGCCGACCAUCUACUACCUUGACAUGGCCGCGAAGCUCGACCAGACCGCCGAGUCGAUCUGCGGACCCAAGUGGGCGAUUGCCCGCGACUUGUCCGUGUACGAGCCCGGCACGCAGGCGACGACCUCGAAGGGCAAGACUGUUUCUGCUGACCGCGGCCCGCCGAUGGUCUGGCCCGCUCCCUUCGGUCGUGACCUCACCAAGGAGGAGGCGUACAUUCAGAAGCUGGACGCGUCCACCGGUGCCUCACUUAAGCUCACCGUCCUCAACGCCGAGGGCCGCAUCUGGACGAUGGUCGCCGGUGGCGGUGCCUCCGUGGUCUACUCCGACGCCAUCGCUGCGCACGGCUUCGCACACGAGCUCGCGAACUAUGGCGAGUAUUCCGGCGCGCCGUCCGAGGGCCAGACGUACGAGUACGCGAAGACGAUUAUCGACCUCAUGACGCGCGGGGCGGUCAACCCUGACGGCAAGAUCCUCAUCAUUGGUGGUGGUAUCGCGAACUUCACGAACGUCGCCGCGACGUUCAAGGGCAUCAUCCGCGCGCUGAAGGAGUUCAAGUCGCCGCUCAUCGCGCACAGUGUCAAGAUCUACGUCCGCCGUGGUGGCCCGAACUACCAGGAGGGUCUGAAGGCCAUGCGCCUCCUCGGAGAGUCCCUUGGUGUCCCCAUCAAGGUGUAUGGCCCCGACACACACAUCACCGAGAUCGUUCCCCUCGCACUCGGCAUCGCCGGCAAGCCCAAGAACCCUGUCCACUCGAUCGCCGCUACGCCCGUCGGCCCGCCCUCGCCCACCAUCAAGGCCAGCGCCGAGCCCAUCGCCGCCAUCGGGUCGAUUGGCCCCGACGGCGAGCGCUCGCAGCCGAACGACCAGAUCGUGCGCUUCGACAACGUCGAGUCGAAAGGCGCGCGGCCCACCUUCCGGCCGUUCGACGACCGCACGCGCGCGUUCGUGUAUGGCCUCCAGCCGCGCGCGAUCCAGGGGAUGCUCGACUUUGACUACUCAUGUGGGCGCGAGGCACCGUCGGUCGCGGCGAUGAUCUACCCGUUCGGCGGGCACCACAUCCAGAAGUUCUAUUGGGGCACGCGGGAGACGCUGCUGCCCGUGUACACGAGCGUGGAGGAGGCGGUGGGCAAGCAUCCCGACGCGGACGUGGUCGUGAACUUUGCGAGCUCAAGGAGUGUGUAUUCGAGCACGCUGGAGAUCUUCCAGUUCCCCCAGAUCAAGGCAAUCGCGCUGAUUGCGGAGGGUGUGCCUGAGCGCCAUGCCCGCGAGAUUUUGAGCACGGCGAAAGCGAAGGGUGUCCUCAUCAUUGGGCCUGCGACGGUUGGUGGUAUCAAGCCGGGUUGCUUCCGUAUUGGUAACUCCGGAGGUAUGAUGGACAACAUCAUCGCGUCGAAGCUCUACCGCGCCGGCUCCGUUGGCUACGUCUCCAAGUCGGGCGGUAUGUCGAACGAGCUGAACAACAUCCUUUCACUCGUCACGAACGGCACAUACGAGGGUAUCGCCAUCGGUGGUGACCGCUACCCGGGCUCAACGUUCAUCGACCACCUGCUCCGCUACGAGCAGGACCCCGACUGCAAGAUGCUCGUCCUGCUCGGCGAGGUCGGCGGCGUGGAGGAGUACCGCGUGAUCGAGGCUGUGAAGAAGGGUGUGAUUCGCAAGCCGAUCGUCGCGUGGGCGAUCGGGACGUGCGCGAAGAUGUUCACGACGGAGGUGCAGUUCGGGCACGCGGGCUCGAUGGCGAACUCGGACAUGGAGACGGCGGACGCGAAGAACCGCGCGAUGCGCGCGGCGGGCUUCAUCGUGCCCGAGACGUUCGAGGACCUCCCCGCGGUGCUGAAGGAGACGUAUGAGCGCCUCGUGGCGGGCGGCGCGAUCGUGCCCAGGCAGGAGCGCGAGCCGCCGGUCAUCCCGAUGGACUACAAGUGGGCGCAGGAGCUGGGCUUGAUCAGGAAGCCGGCGGCGUUCAUCUCGACGAUCUCGGACGAGCGCGGGCAGGAGCUGCUCUACGCGGGUAUGCGUAUCUCGGACGUGUUCAAGGAGGAUAUUGGACUCGGCGGUGUCGUCUCGCUGCUUUGGUUCAAGCGCCGUCUCCCGCCAUGGGCGACGAAGUUCAUCGAGAUGGUGCUUAUGCUCACUGCUGACCACGGUCCGGCCGUGUCCGGUGCGAUGAACACUAUUGUCGCGACGCGUGCGGGCAAGGACCUCAUCUCCUCGCUUGCAUCUGGUCUCCUCACUAUCGGUAGCCGCUUCGGUGGUGCCCUCGAUGAGGCCGCGUCGAUGUUCUCGGGUGCGCGGGACACUGGUCUCACGCCGCGUGAGUUCGUUGACCAGUGCCGCAAGCAGAACAAGCUCAUCAGCGGUAUCGGCCACAAGAUCAAGAGCGUAAACAACCCUGAUCUGCGUGUCGAGCUCGUGAAGGAGUACGUAACGAAGCACUUCCCGAGCCAUAGCUUGCUCGACUACGCGCUCGCCGUCGAGAAGGUCACAACGUCCAAGAAGGACACGCUCAUCCUGAACGUCGACGGUUGCAUUGCAGUAUGCUUCGUGGACCUCCUUCGGGACAGCGGCGCGUUCACGCCUGAGGAGGCAGACGAGUACAUCAAGAUCGGCACGCUGAACGGGCUGUUCGUCCUCGGGCGCAGCAUCGGGUUCAUCGGCCACCACCUCGACCAGAAGCGCCUCCGCGCGCCGCUGUACCGUCACCCCGCCGACGACAUCUUCAUCAACAUGGCUGACCUGUCGCAGCCGCGCGUGCUUGGCAAGAUGGCGUGAGGUGUUGGUGGGGAGAGGCGAUCUCGUGUCGUGUAGGUGCGGGUGCUUUUUGGGUACGGGCGGACUGGAGUGGGGUCGCGGUGUUGUACAUCUAACGCGCUUUCGUAGUUAUAGCUGCAUGUGUAAAGAUUAAUGAUGCAUCAUAGACGUUUUAUCCUC